GGCAACUCUGUAUAAAACACUCCCCCGUGACACUUAGCCUAACGUACAUUGUAAAUGUUUAAAAUAAUAAACCUUUAUAGCUUAGCUGGUUUAUUUUGUGCAUAAAAUCGACAUAAAACUGAUAGAAAAUGUUAAAAGGUUUCUUUAGUCUACUUUAAAAGUAGGUCGGCAGUUGAUUCUUAUUCACAGGUUAUGAGCGAGUGUGAAGGGUUGGUCGCUACUGCUAAACAAUGACAUGCAUCUUACGCACAGCCCGACAUUCGAGUUUUGUAACUUUCUCUUGCAGUGUGUGAUGAAGUUUUUAUUUCGUUUAAAUAUGCGGAAACGAUCGCGCUUUAAACUUUUAAAAUACCUUGCUGUCGCUGGAUUAAUAACACUUUUAGUUAUCUUCGCUUUUAACAGCACAGUACUUUGGCCGUCUCUUCCGAAGAAAACUCUAACCCCUAAAAACCUCCAUGAUGUGAUCUCACCGUCAACAUACAGAUUCAUUCUGAACCAGCCAGAACUGUGUGAAAACAAGAAUCCUUUCCUGGUUCUUAUGAUCCCAGUGACUCUCAACGGCAGAGAGGCGAGGACUGCUAUUAGAAAGACAUGGGGUCAAUAUGGCUUGGUUCCUGGUGUGAAUAUUUUGCAUUUGUUUAUCAUUGGUCAGCCCGCACAAAGCGACCCAGUACUGCAGGAGCACCUUGAGAGGGAGAGCAAGGAAUAUGGUGACAUUAUUCAAAUGGAUUUUGUGGACAGCUACCAUAAUCUCACAAUAAAGACAAUGAUGAUUAUGAACUGGAUAGCCACCUACUGCCAGGGUGCCUGGUAUACCAUGAAGAUCGACGCAGAUGUCUUUCUCAAUGUGCGUUACCUGGUGGACUACCUGCAUGACCAGGGCGAGUCCUCAAGGAAAGACUACAUCACUGGAUCGGUCAUCUCAGAUGCUGUUCCUCACAGGGACAGCUUCAACAAAUGGUAUAUCCCACAGGAUCUUUACUCAGACACCUGGUAUCCUCCAUACGUGUCUGGAGCUGCAUAUGUCUUUUCCACUGACCUGGCCAGAAAAAUAUCAUGGGCCUCUAGAUUUGUGCGGCCAAUUCCACUCGAAGAUGUCUAUGUGGGGAUGUGCCUACAUGUCCUGGGUGUAAAACCCGUUUACGCAACAAGAUUUCUGGGACUUAGGAAUCUUUUUGAGGUGCGCAGACUUAAUUAUGAAAGGUGCACUUUUUCCAAGCGUAUAUUAGUGAAUGGCUUUAAACCACAGAAUCUUCUCCAUAUUUGGCAUGACUUUCAGAAGUCUGAAUUUACAUGUUGAUACAGACUAUUUACCUUCAUCAGACUGAGAUCCUAAAAUUGUAUUAGCAGUACCUUGAAGCUUAUUAACUAAUGUUUAUGAGCCUACACAUUCUUUUAACAAGGUUCACAUCAUUGUGAUUCAGUACUUAUUCAUGUUCAAGAGAGAACAAAAUAAAGUUUCCCCAAAGGGCCAAGAACACUUACAAAAAAGGGGGAAUGUAUAAGAAAAAAUGUACAAUAUAACAAUAUAAAAAUAGCCUGUAUAAAUUAUAAACAAAUAAUCAAUAUGUGAUGUUUUUUUUUUUUUUUUGCCAAAUGCAGGCUGUGGUAUCAUCCUCCAAAGCAAAAGAGUAAAAACACUAUAGAUUGCACAGAGUUACAUUUAUUUAAACUGAGUAGGCUUUGCUUGUGCUUCUUUUGUGUCUGUCAUGAAACAUACAUAGCAAAUAUGAUUAUAAAACAUUGGUCACCCAUGCACUUUAAACAAUAAAAAUAUUAUUUAUUUUAUGAUAA